UCGGAAGUGAGUAGAACAAGUCAAGAUGGGGACUCGGUUGAAGGUCUUGAAUGUGUUCAAAUCUCUGCACAGAACUCGACGAGAUGUUUUCAAAGACGACGACAGAGCGCUUACUGCUGCAAGGCUAAAAAUCAACGAGGAGUUCCGCAAGAAUAAAAACGAAACAUCAGAGGAAAACAUUAAUAAGAUGAUUAAAAUGGGCACAGAUGUGGAGAUGGUUCUAAGACAGUCUGUGCUUCAGAUGGAGCAUGUAGGGGAGGAUACACUCUUGCUUCGACCCAGGGAGCACCACAUGUUAGAAAACGUUCCAUUCUGUGACCAGCCCAGGAAGAAGACAUGACCGAAGAUCAACAGCCACGUCUAUUGAAACAGACUACAUUUCCCAUAAGGCCUAAAACGGAAGUGGCGUCACAAUCUGGCGUUACUCCGGCAACGCAACAUGCUACUGAGUUAGCCUCUGGAACAGAAGCGACAGAAAUAUAAGUUAUGC